AGUUUACAUUCUUCAAAAAUGGACACAAUGAAGCUAAAGCAUGAUGUCAGCCCUUUUCUUCUUCAUGCUUUAAAGUUUGUAAUCCUGAUAUAUACGAUCGUAACCUAUAUCCCCUGGUAUAUAUUUUCUGGAUCAAGAUAUGCCAUCGCCAAAUCAAGGCAAAUUAAAGCUAAACCAGUGCAUAGCAAGCCAGGUAGUGCAUACAGAUCUGUUAACAGUUUGCAUUGUUUAGCUUCUGUGUUAUAUCCUGGAUGUGAUACUCUUGACAAAGUUUUCAAGUAUGCCACAAGCAAAUAUAAGGAUAAGAAUCUGUUGGGAAUCCGGGAAAUCUUAAAGGAAGAAGAUGAAAUCCAGCCAUCUGGGAAAAUUUUUAAAAAGGUCAUCCUUGGAAACUAUAACUGGCUUUCGUACGAAGAUGUUUACAAUAAAGCUAAUAACUUUGGGAAAGGAUUAGCAGUGUUAGGCCAGCAACCAAAGACAACCAUCGCCAUCUUCUGUGAGACUCGAGCAGAAUGGAUGAUCACUGCACAGGCUUGUUUCAUGAACAACUAUCAGCUUGUUACACUAUAUGCCACUCUGGGCGGCCCUGCAAUAGUACAUGGAUUAAAUGAAACUGAAGUGACAACCAUUAUUACUAGCAGGGAAUUGAUGCAAACAAAAUUGAAGAGUAUUGCAUCUCAGAUUCCGCGGCUGCGCCACAUUAUUACUGUGGAUGGCAAACCAACAACAUGGGCAGAAUUCCCCAAAGGUGUAAUUGUUCACACUAUGACAUCUGUUCAAGCUAUGGGAGAGAAAGCAGAAAAUAUGUCACUCAACAAACAGAAAAUGAGACCAGUACCAUCAGACACUGCAGUCAUUAUGUACACAAGUGGUUCUACAGGAAUUCCCAAAGGAGUUAUGAUUUCACAUUGUAACCUUAUUUCUGGUAUAACUGGAAUGGCUGAAAGGAUUCCUCAUCUGGGAGAAAAAGAUGUUUACAUUGGAUACCUGCCUCUUGCUCAUGUUCUGGAGUUGAGUGCUGAGCUUGUUUGCCUGGCCCAUGGAUGCUGUAUCGGCUACUCGUCACCUCAGACUCUAAGUGAUCAGUCCUCUAAAAUAAAGAAAGGAAGUAAAGGUGAUGUUUCUUCACUGAAGCCAACUCUAAUGGCUGCUGUGCCGGAAAUCAUGGAUCGAAUCUACAAAAACGUAAUGAAUAGAGUUAAUGAAAUGUCCAAUUUCCAGCGUAAUCUGUUUAUAUUGGCUUACAAUUACAAGAUGGAACAGAUUUCAAAAGGCUACACGACUCCACUCUGUGACAGCCUUGUUUUCCGGAAAGUCCGAAUGCUGCUAGGUGGGAAGAUUCGGGUCUUGUUGUGUGGAGGAGCUCCACUUUCUGCAACAACGCAAAGAUUUAUGAACAUCUGUUUCUGCUGCCCUGUGGGACAGGGAUAUGGCCUAACAGAAUCCUCUGGGGCUGGAACAAUAACUGAAAUUUGGGACUAUACAACAGGCAGAGUGGGCGCUCCCUUGGUGUGCUGUGAAAUCAAACUGUUGAACUGGGAAGAAGGUGGAUACUUCAACACCGAUAAACCAUAUCCCAGAGGCGAGAUUCUUAUUGGAGGCCAAAAUGUGACAAUGGGCUACUACAAAAAUGAAGAACGAACCAAAGCUGAUUUUAUGGUAGAUGAGAAUGGACAGAGGUGGCUCUACACUGGAGAUAUUGGGGAAUUUCAUGCAGAUGGGUGUCUAAAAAUUAUUGAUCGUAAAAAAGAUCUUGUAAAGCUUCAAGCAGGAGAAUAUGUGUCUCUUGGUAAAGUUGAAGCCGCUUUGAAGAAUUUUCCACUAGUAGAUAAUAUUUGUGUAUAUGCAAGCAGUUUCCAGUCUUACAUCAUUGGGUUUAUUGUGCCAAACCAUAAAGAACUUACAGAACUAGCAAGAAAGAAAGGAUUUAAAGGAACUUGGGAAGAGAUAUGUCACUCUGCCGAAAUGGAGAAAGAAGUACAAAAGGUUUUAGCAGGUGCUGCGCACACAGCAAAUCUGGAGAAAUUUGAAAUUCCACUGAAAAUUCGUUUGUGCCCUGACCCAUGGACCCCAGAGACUGGUUUGGUGACAGAUGCCUUCAAAUUAAAACGUAAAGAGCUUACUGCGCACUACGAGGCAGAUAUUAAUCGAAUGUAUGGAACAAAAGUAAAAUAAUUCAUCCUUUCUUGCACCUGUUUGCUAUGGUGAGCUCAGAUCAAAUAGGAAAUACUUGAAUCACAUGUCUCAUCACUUGGGACCAACACAAAAACAUCUUUCAUCACUUUCAGCAUAUGCUGUUACUUCUGAUAAUAUCAACAUCUUUAAACUGGCAGGAUUAGUAAAAUUUUAAGGCAGCAAACUUGUGUCUGUCUCCUUUUUUCCCCAGUUUCCUUUGCUACCUUGUCAGUGUGUGACUUUUCCUAAAAGUCCUUUUGGACUAACAUGAUUUUGAAGCCUCAAGUUUUUAAAUCUGAUUUAUAAAUCCUGUACAAUGUUUUGUUUGUAACUUUUUGAAGUUUGGAUAUAUAGAGGGAUAACUUGGCGAUAUGAUUAGUUUGGGGGCCUUUUUUACAUAAGUAUUUAAAUAUUAAAGAGAGAUCAAUGUGAAAU